CACGGAGGAGACAGAAAAAAACGCGUCGGUCUUCUUUUUUUUCGGGAUCGUCGUCGAUGUUUAAUCUCGAUGCGCCGGGCUAAUUGGAUCGAACAGUCGCCGGAAAACGGUGCUUACGUUCCCAUCGAGGUGUAGCGGGUUCGACGCACGUCAGAAAUUUCUGAUAAAAAUGGAGAAGGCCGUGGCGAGGAGCCCGUCGGUCGAUCGAUCCGCGAGCAGGAGGAGAUUGCUGUCGAAGAUGUCCAUGGUCGGAUCAUUCGGCAGCCGUAUGUUCUUCCACAAGCGCGGGGAUCGAUUGAAAAUCCCCAAGUACCAAAACACCUAUCGGCUCGAAUCGUUCAACAGCUUCAACGCCGAGGUGGUCGACGAUCUGGUGACGGACAUAAUGGAGAGCAGAUUGGCUACGGUGACGGCCUAUCAUCCGAUUCAUGCGGCGAAACUGUGCCAGGAAAUCGGGUCCGAUUUGAUGAAAGCGAUCUCCAAGAAGGACUACGAUAGAUACAAAAUAGUGGCGCAGGUGACCAUCGUUCAACGUCUCGAUCAAAGCAUUCACGCGAGCUUCCAGUGCCUCUGGGACGUGGACCGCGACAACUACUCCUACUACGUUUACGAGAACGAGCACAUACACGCUUGGUGCUGUGUGUUCGGCCUGUACUACGAGUGAAAUCCGUUUCGACGAGCUGCGCCGUACUCCAUUUCCUGAGAACGCCUGAACACCGAACAAUGAACACGUCCCUGGACGGCCCGGCCCGGCCCGACCCGAAACCAACCCAAACCAAACCACCCCCGGAGCCGCGCGACGUUCCCAACGAAUUCGGCGCUCAUCGUCGAAUUUUCGGCCGUGUCAACGACGUCGCAAAAUUUACAAUUUACCAGACACCGAAUUGUAUUCGAUGGUAGAGAGAGAUAUAGGCCGGCUCUGUGCGACCAUUACAGCGAUGCAUCGCGUCGAUGGAUUUGUUCGUGUCCCACGAAGCGUCGCUCUCUCUUUCUCGAAAACCGAUUUCGCCGAUCGAUCCUCGAGGGUUGGCCGCAUAGUAUCAAUAUUUAUUAUACUCUUUUUCGCAGUAGGAAA